AUGAAGCCCGCAACCCUUGCUAACCCAUCUACAAACCUUUACCACGUACAGUACCGAGCGGUCUCCUUCUACGCCCCUUUCAGCGACCCCAAUACGAACAAAAUUCCACAUUCAAACCUCGAUAUCCGAAAACCAUCCCAAAACAACCCUCUCCCUUCUCAAUCCAGCGAAUGCGAUAUCGAAAACGAAGACAAGAUGAUCGAAAACAACUUUGACAACCCCGGUCUUGUCCGCAUCACACCGCAUGUGCAUUCGCGAAGAGCCCAAUGCACGUCCGUCAAUAAUCACAAGCCCAGCCUCCGGAGCAAGGCAAACAGGUGUGCCUUACAAUCAAUCAACAAUCAAUCAAUCCAAGCAGAUUCCCAGAUAAUGCAUCCGGGAGGUCGAAUAUCCGUCCGCCAGCCGCAAUACGUCCUAGCUCCAUGCCGAACGCGAUAA